AUUUUCCACGCAACGUCCCAGCCCUUUCCUCUUCCUCUCAACAGCUUGAGCCUCUGUCUCUGCGUUACUAGCAUUUCGAAAAAAUUCAGCGGACGAAGAAAUGCUUGGGUCGUUUUCAGAUUCGAAGCGGUACAGCAAAGUUGGAGGUGUCGAACACGUCGACGAGACACCGGAUCCCGCUUGGGUUGCGAAACAAACGCAUGUCUCCAAGACAACCUGGCUGCCAUGGCUGCUUCACCUUCUGGCACUCGCUAUCUAUAGCGUCGUCUUUUUCGUCACACAACUCAACACAAAGACAUGCUCUCCUUGCUUCAGUGAAUCCCUCCUCGAUGCACCCAUUGUUUGGGAAGGCCGCACAUUUUUCACAAACGGAUACAUCAAUGGUACCGACCCAUAUUCAAAUGUGAACCCUAAUGUAGAUCAGGUCUGGGAAGACCUCAUUGAGAGGGUUAUCAUCGUCAUCAGCGAGGAAGAAAAGAACAGCCUUCCUGGUGGGCGUGGUACUACAAGAGCGUAUGGAACAGAAGGGGGCUAUGCAGCCUCCCUCGAGAUGCGCCAUCAACUACACUGCCUGAAUUGGAUUCGGAAAGCAUUCUAUGACGAAUCAGAAGACAGCCGAGCAGAUCCCCAGAAGCAUGUAGAUCACUGCUUCAGUUAUCUAUACCAGUCAUUCCUCUGCUUCGCAGACGUUUCGGUCCUAACAAUGACGGUGGUAUCGAAUGAGACUCACAGCAAAUACCACCCACUGUUCAAUGGCACGAAGCAGUGCCGCAACUUCGAUGUUAUCAAGGCAUGGGAAGACAGCCGCAGGGCUGAAUAUCAGGACCCUCCAUAUGGAUGGAGUGGGGAGGACUGAAUUAGAGGUAUAUAAAUGUAUGUACAGGUAGCGCAUCCGC